AAAUCGCUCGAGUGCUGCAAUGGGACCCAAGAGCGAGACGAAGCCCGAUGUCGACUACGUUCUCGUGGACUUUGAGCCGCUGCAUAAGCAGCGCUGGCGCACGGACAAUGCGCGUCUCGUAUGUGCCGAGUUCCCUCCCUUCACGACGUGUCUGUGGCAUCAGCAUCUCAAGUACGGCAUUUACGUGGUCAUGGCGCUGCUGGACGUUGUGGAACAGCCAUACGGCGAGGAACCUCGACCGCUAGUGCAGAAGAAAGGAGCGGUCUUCUGUCGUGACCAUACCAAGGAUGAGUUAAUCCACUUGGCAACCACCAAGGAGCUGCCAGCGUUCCUCAUUGAAGUCGAAAUACUAAAGGAGAAGGUCGAUGUGGUGCCAAACAAAAAUAUGCCACUGCACGAAGGCAAAGGGAUCGAACUGCUCAAGAACGAGCCGGAGUGUCGAGUGUACCGCUUCUCACUGCAAGGCAAUGAUGAUCAAGCCACUGCUGAGAUUGUAGUCAAUCUGUCGACUGAAGCUGUGUUAUUAGCAUUGGAAGACUGUGAGGUUGGAGGAGAUGUUCACCUGAAAGCUGGCAACUUCGGAGUCAAAUUAUUGUCAUCAGGCGCAAGGACGACGUCGUUUAUCUUGGCCGAGGUGUUUUAA